AUGGCUUCAUUCGUACGCAGCAAGUGUCUCUUCUGUUCGAAUGAGAACACUGGAUCAUCGACAACAUGCAACGUCUGCGAGGGGUUGACUUUACCGAAGGUGACCGACGACCAGCAGAAGCUCGAAUGGGACUUCUAUGCCUUUGGCAGCAAGGCUCUUGGUUACCACCGCUCUCCAAAGUCCUCUUUCCAUGCAGCCUUUGAAUCACUCGAUGGCGGUACCCGAGCUGCUAUCUUCGUGGGCGAUGCUGAGGAACAGCUACUGUUGAUCCAGAUGCCGGUGGAAGGUGACCCAGGACGAAUGCAGAAGAUGUUUUGCAUCUACGCUACCCCAUCGGACAGUCCAAAAAGUGUGCAAAUCUUCGACUGGACCGAUGGCGAUCAAGAAUGCAAGGACCUGUUCUUCAGCUCGGUGAACCGAAUUUUGGCACGUGACACCAUGGUUUCUGGUCAGUAUUAA